AUGCCGUUUGCCAAACAGUUGACAGCCAGUGCAAGUGUCCAUCCGCCGGUGACCAUUGUGGCUCCCGCCCUCCAUGAUUUCGGUUGUCCAUUACUUGACUCCAACUCUGUGUACAACUGUGAAUCAUCGACCGCCAAGCCAUUGCUAAAGUGGGGUUGUCCAAAUGGAUGUUUCGAGUAUGCUGGCAAGAAUGACUCGUGCAAGGCACCUCCUCAGCAGGGCCUUAACGCCAUCAAGAGGAUCAUUGUGUUUAUGCAAGAGAAUCGAGCAUUCGAUCAUUACUUUGGCGCGCUCGCAGGAGUCCGUGGGUUCAAUGAUCCCAACGUUGGCACUGCUCCCGACAAUGUGUUCUCACAACCAUCGCUCAACAAUGCUGUCAACGGAUAUUCCAUCCCCUACUAUAUCCAAGGAAACAAGGCUCUGUGCACUGGAGGUGGUGUCAUCUCAUGGGAGGAGACACACGAUUGUUACAACAACGGUUUGAACAAUGGAUGGACAUCGGCACUCGGAAACACCACCGCCACAAUGGGAUACCUCACUGGAGCAGAGCUGUCUCUCUACUAUGCCCUGGCACACUCCUACACGAUCGGGGACAACUACCACGCCUCUCUUCUCUCUUCAACAUUCCCGAAUCGUAUUAUGCACCUCAGCGGGACCAUCAAUCCCCGCGGGUACGACAACCCACCAACCUGGAACAACAACAUCACGCCACCACCAACAUGGCUGACGAUGCCAGAGUACCUUGCCCACCACCAGAUCAACUGGCAGACGUACCAAGACGGUCUGGACGCCUUCCAGUGCAAUCCACUUUUGUGGUUUGAGCAGUACAUGGAUGGUAGCUUCCCAACCACUUUCUUCAACUUCCACUCUGGCACCUACAACUACACCGAGGUGGAGGUCCUCCUUGAUCAACUCAAUACCAACACUUUGCCAGAAGGAGUGUAUUGGAUUGUUGCCCCUCAACAAAUGAUUGAACAUCCCAUUAAUGGACCCAAGGCCGGCCAGAACUUCACACACACUAUUUUGGAAGCUGUUGCCAACUCUGCCCUCCAUAGCGACACUGUUGUCCUCUUCAAUUACGAUGAAAACGGUGGGCUAUUUGACCACGUAGUGCCUCCCGUUGCUCCCAAGGGUACUAUAGACGAGUGGAUUGUCAAUGACUAUGGUGCUUCUCCAAUUGGUCCGGGUUUCAGAGUUCCAUUCCUGAUCAUCUCGCCCUGGACACGUGACCCCGCCAACCAUGGAAAUGUUUUUACUGAGACCGCCGAUCAUACAUCGAUUCUGAUGUUCAUCGAGGAAUGGGCAAACCAAAGAUCAAAGCCAAUAUACAUGGAGAACAUCUCAUCCUACAGACGCAACUUCAUGAGUGACCUCACUUGGGCCUUUGACUUCACUACCGCCAAUGCUCUGGCAACUCAACUUCCCAGCAAUUUCCCCAUCCACAUGAUCAACGGAUCAAAGUUUUACACCAACGAAACUUUGGUCUGCGAGGACCAGCCUGGCCCAUUCAACAUUGACAUGGUCGAUAACGUCUUCAUUGAGACGGGCUUUAUGAAGGUGCGUGGCAACUCCCCGGGACUGGGCCACUACUAUGUCUUUGAGUUCUUCUCCAGUGGAUUGGCCUUCCAGGUCAACAUCGACAACACCUUGGUGGCAAGUCCUGUCUCGCCAGGCAUGGACAACAUCCAGCAGAUAUUCAUCAUGCAGACGCCAACCGGUCCCGGGACCUCCAACAACAUUGGCAUCAACAUCUUCAACCAAGCGUCCAACUCGUUCGUUUGUUCCAACAGUAACAACGAUGUGGUCUUGAUGCCACCCAACAGCAAUGGUCACUGCAACUGGCUGUUCACCACCAAUGGAUCGUCCUACAGGAUCCAGAACACUAACGGUCAAUACCUGUCUGUCGCCGGCGCUGUCCCUGUCACCAUCCAAUCCACCAACCCAUCCAACAACUACGAUUGGUACCUCUACUCCACCAACAUUGAUCAAACAUCGAAAUACAUAAAGCUAACCAGCAGCGCAUGA